AUGGGGUUAACUAAACAAUACCUGCGGUAUGCACCGAUCGGUACUUGUAAUUUAGUCGCAUCGCCCGGCACUUCUAUCGCUUACCUCGACGACAAACACUGCGUGGUUGGAGCAGCAGAGAAUGUCUACGUCUGGAAUCUUGCAAAGUCUGAAAAGGUGGGCGAAUUUGCUGCUGCCGACCAUUCCCGAGCAACGAUCGUCAAAGUCAGCCGUUUGCGUCGGCAUCUCGCAGUCGGAUAUGCGAAUGGAACAAUCAAUAUAUUUGACCCCAACGACCGGUCGACUGCUCGAGUGACGUUUGUUGGCCACAGGUCUGAAGUCACUUGUUUGGCGUUUAGCGCGGACGAUCUCUUGAUAUGCUCUGGAGGGAAGGACUGCGCGGUAAUCAUAUGGGACAUUGUUAACGAAGCCGGCCUGUACCGUUUGAUUGGACACAGUGGCCCGGUCACAGAGUGCUAUUUUGCCAGACAUGACGUGCUUAUAACCAGCUCGAAGGACUCGUUAUUGAAAUUCUGGGAUUUGAGUUGCCAACACUGUUUUUACACGUUGUCCGUUAGCAGGUCAGAGGUGUGGUGUUUCAUCUGCGCGAAGGAAGACCAGUUUCUUUUAGUUGGUACCGCGGAAAGUGAAUUGUAUGCCUAUCGUAUUCAGUGGCUGGUCUCUGAAGAUGAGGUUGAACUGCGUUUGAUUACCAGUCUUGACAACGAAUCGGAUUCUCUGAUUUUAGGUGCCAGUUGUCAUGUCAGACAAGAAAAGGCGGAGGCUAGCCGCGGAUCCGACGAACGAAGACGUCGAUGA